CUGCCAUCUUCCGCUGCAACAGGUGAGGGCUGAGACGCUCGACUCUCCAACUUCUCCAGACGUCUUUAUACUUCUCCACAGUCCUAAAAGUGCUCUAAUCAUGGCCACAAACGUCCAAAAGAACAUAUAUGAACAAACAGAUGAGGGAAACAUAUACGAGCAGCCGUAUGAGAACGCCAACAGCACCACAGAUCCCAAAUAUGAGAAUCAAAUUAAGCUUCAGGAGAGUAAAACGGAACCGAGCUACAGCGUGAUCCAGCGGCCGUCUCCAGACUACAUGAACACAAAAGGAGCCACUCAAGAGGAGGAACCGCACUCUUCACUCUCAAGUGAACAAGGAGAGAAAACUGACAGACAGAUGGAGGUGGUGGAGGUGUCUCAGCAGAAUGGAGAUGGAAACGGGUCCAGAUGGCCUUCAUGCGCUUCAGAGGACACUGGAGACCCUUGCAAUGACCCGCCCUCGUUGCUGCACGACGAUCUGCUCAUGGCAUACAGUCUCCCUGAAGAUUCAUCUCCAGAACCUGAGGAGGUAGUUGACUACAGCCUGAAAAACGUGGAGAACAGUUCUGUGGAGGAGACCACGACAGUUAUCGACCCAGAUCAGCCCGACAUUGCGCUUUUUGUCAAGGCUGGUAGUGAUGGCGAGAGCAUUGGAAACUGUCCGUUCUCCCAGCGUCUUUUCAUGAUCCUCUGGCUCAAAGGUGUGGUCUUCAACGUCACCACUGUCGACCUGAAGAGGAAACCAGCUGAUUUACACAAUCUGGCUCCAGGCACUCACCCUCCUUUCCUUACCUUCAACGGCGAGGUCAAGACCGACAUUAACAAGAUUGAGGAGUUCCUGGAGGAGGUUUUGGCCCCACCGAAGUACCCCAAACUUGCAGCGAGACACAGGGAGUCCAACACAGCUGGGAAUGACAUAUUUGCAAAGUUCUCAGCUUUCAUUAAAAACACAAAGCCAGAUGCCAAUGAAGCACUGGAGAAGGGUUUGACAAAGGCUCUCAAGAAGCUGGACGACUACCUGAACAGUCCCUUGCCUGAUGAGAUAGAUGCCGACAGCACAGAGGAUGAGAAGGCCUCUGAACGCAAGUUUCUGGAUGGGAAUGAACUCACUCUGGCAGAUUGUAACCUGCUGCCAAAACUCCACAUAGUGAAGGUUGUUGCCAAGAAAUAUCGGAACUAUGACAUUCCCACCGAUUUGACAGGAGUGUGGCGCUACUUGAAUAGCGCAUACGCACAGGAAGAGUUCACAAACACCUGUGCUGCUGACAACGAGAUCGAAUUGGCAUAUCAGGAUGUGGCUAAGAGGCUAGUCAAGUAAACAGAUGAACAAAUUUGACCAAACCAGACUAUUUGUUCCCUGUAAUUCAAAGCUGUAUUAAUCCCAUACUAAAGUUCACAGUAAAGUUUUUUAUUUUUCCAGGGCCAUUAUAAUCAUUCAGCCGAUAAGUACACACAAUGGUGCUCUGAGUCUUAAAACGUAGGUAAAUUUGGAUCUGUAAAAUCUUGACUGUCUGUGAGUAUGCAAAAUAUCAGCCCAUCUUCACCAGCUCUCACUCAUCUGUUGCUCAUGUAAACAUUUUCCAAAGUGACUUUCCUGUUGUGUCUCGAUUUAAAUAGACACACUUACAGUAACAUUAGUGUUUCCUAAUGUUCUCUCGCUCUCUUUCUCUCUCUGCAUAACCUAGUUCUGCCUGUUUUAUUCUCAUAUACUAUAAAAUGUCUGUGAUUGUUUUCUAUCAGUCAUAAAUUGCAUUAAUACUUGACUGCUGAAAACACUCGUUCAAGCAUUUCAAAUCUUGAAAAAUGUAAGAAUUGUUUACUUCCAUUUCUUUCAGUCAUAUCUUUAUUUCUAUUUGUGUUUAAUGGAGAAAAGGAUUAAAUGUGAGCAGCAGGAUGUUUAAAGUUGUAAAGUGUCCUAUGUGCAGCCUUUUAACAAAUCACAUACAGUAGGCCUAUACUUUGCAGGUGUUUGUAUAUGUUUCAAGGUACAGUAUUUUCUAAAGAAAUACUAAAAGAAUUCAUUUUUAAAGUACUUAACUUCUUGAUGAAGAGUUAUCAAACUAAUUGAAUAUGUGCCUCCAUUACAAGAAAUGCAGUGUGGCAAAUACAGCUGAUUAAUAAUGAUCAUUUCAAUUUCUAUAUAAAUUCUAUAAAAAUCUAAUUUCUAUAGAAAUGUAAGAUUUAUGCAUUUCAAUUAUAUGACAAAUUUCUAUCAAACUGUAUACUUUAAAUAAUUUACAUUAUAAUAAAUUAAGCAUAAUUGUGAAGUAUUGAAGUUUAUUUAGUCUAAAUAAUUGACAUUAAGCUUUAUUCAUAAUACUGUAUGUGCAUUUUGUUAAAGAUUAGUCAAUUCAGUUUUUAUGGAAAUUUGUCAUACAACUGAAAUGCUUAAAUCUAAAAAAUCCACAGAUUUUUCCCCCUGCUCUUUUAUACUUUGUACAAAACCAGUAAUUUCUGCAAAUGUUUUAUAGAAAAUUCACACUUGAAUUGCCUCAUGUAAUUUCCUUUUAAAUCUCACGCUAAGAGUGUAAGUUCAAAGUCUUUGUCAUUAGAAUUUAAACAAGUUCUUCAGACUUUCCUCUGUCAUUUCUCACAUUUCAAACAAUUUUCAUGUCUUCUCAGUUUAUUUUUGGCUUAUUUGAAAGUGUUUAACAUCAAUCAGGUGGAUAUAUCAUACUUAAAUAUUUAUUUACAGCCCAUUUUAUGGGUAAUUAAUGAGCUGAGGGGAGAAAGGAGAUUCACAACACUCAGUGGCCCAUCGAAAUGGAAAAUAAGGAAAUCUGAUUGGGCGUCAUUCCAGGUCUCCUCCUCUCCACUUAGUACUGCUGGAAUAUCACAAGCCCGUGAUGGGUCCUUGUGGAGCUCCUGCUCUUGUGUGGUUUGGACUAGUGUUUGAUAUGAAAUGAGAGUGUGGCGCCAGAGAGGCCUAUUCCUAGUGAAGCUCUAUGAAUAAAAUAAUAUUUUCACAG